GUCGAAAAAAGAAAAGGCGAAGACAGAUCGCCUGAACUGAAUGCUCCCACUGAGUAUCUACCCCCAUCCUGAGGUCCAGGUCGCGAAGAGGUAACUAGCAUCCGGCGUUCGUUCGCACGAAAUUAUUGGUUAGGCCUUCGGCCGGAUCUAGGAAAUGGGUAAACCAGAAAUUGGUAUUCUGCCUGAAGCGGCUAUGCGAUCAUAGCAGUUGUUCGUAAAUUCCGUCUGGCUCCUGGCCCUGUCAUGGCCCCGUCUAUAUAAAGGGAUCCGCUCGCUGCAACGUCUCCCCAUCCAACUCCUUCUCCUCUUUAUUCUACUCAACCUUCACUUAGCGUUUCAACAUGCCUAGCAUCAGAAACAAUGGAUACGUUCAUGCCGUCCCAGCCACCCCGCUUGCCCAGCGUAAGGUUGCGUUGCACGGGAACGGCGCAGGGAGGAACGGUCACGCGGACGUCGAGCACCACGUGUCCGCUGCUGGCCUUCUGACCCAGUUCAUUGAAGCCCAUCACCAGUUGGAGGCCUACAAGAACGGAAAGGCUGUUGUUGUCGACGGAAAGACGCUGUCCGUCCCGGCUGUUACAGCUGCUGCGAGAUAUGGUGCAGAUGUAACGCUAGACGAAUCGUCACAGCUCAAGGAGCAAGUGGCCCGAAGCAGAGCCGUCAUUGUAAAGAAGGUUGAAGCCGAGACCAGUGUCUAUGGUGUCAGUACCGGAUUCGGCGGCAGUGCUGAUACCCGCACAAAUGACCCCAUCAUGCUCGGACACGCACUGCUCCAGCAUCAGCAUGUUGGCGUUCUGCCAUCGCAAACGGACACUCCAACACCUAUACUACCGCUCACAGAUCCCCUCGCCUCCACCAGUAUGCCGGAAGCCUGGGUCCGGGGUGCCAUAUUGAUCCGUAUGAACUCCCUCAUUCGCGGGCAUUCCGGCGUUAGGUGGGAGUUGAUUGAGAAGAUGGGCUCUCUUCUUCGGGAAAGCAUUACACCAUUGGUGCCUCUUCGCGGCAGCAUCUCGGCGUCAGGAGAUCUCUCUCCACUGUCAUACAUUGCGGGCACGCUUACUGGUAACCCAUCAAUACGCGUCUUUGACGGCCCCGCCAAGUUUGGGCCGCGCCAGAUCGUCGCGUCUAGCGAGGCGCUGGCCGCGCAUGGCAUCGAACCCAUCCCGCUGGCAUCCAAGGAACAUCUUGGUAUCCUGAACGGCACCGCGUUCUCCGCGUCUGUUGCAGCGCUCGCACUGCAUGAAGCCGUACAUCUCGCGAUGCUUGCGCAGGUCUGCACAGCGAUGGGAACGGAGGCGCUCCUGGGAACGCAGGGCUCGUUCGAGCCAUUCAUCCACGAUGUUGCACGCCCGCAUCCGGGACAGGUUGAGUCCGCUGCAAACAUCAGGUCGUUGCUAGAGGGAACGCAGCUGGCUGUGACGAAGGAGGAGGAGAGGAACAUCAAGGAUGAUGCCGGUGAACUGCGCCAGGAUCGCUACCCCCUCCGCACCGCGGCUCAGUUCCUCGGCCCUCAGAUUGAGGACAUCCUCUCUGCUCUCGGCACUGUCACACUUGAGUGCAACACUACAACGGACAACCCGCUUAUCGAAGCGGAGACGGACACCGUGCAUCAUGGCGGUAACUUCCAGGCUAUGGCCGUCACGAACGCUAUGGAGAAGACGCGGCUGGCGCUGCACCACAUCGGCAAGUUGCUCUUCGCACAGUGCACGGAGAUCCUGAACCCAACGAUGAACCGUGGACUGCCCCCGAGUGUUGCUGCGACGGACCCGUCGCUCAACUACCACGCGAAGGGUCUCGAUAUCCACGUCGCUGCAUACGUUGGUGAACUGGGAUACCUCGCGAAUCCUGUGUCAACGCAUGUUCAGUCGGCCGAGAUGCACAACCAGGCUGUCAACUCUCUCGCCCUCAUCAGCGGCAGAGCAACCAUCAACUCUCUGGAGGUCCUCUCCUUGAUCACUGCAAGUUAUCUUUAUAUCCUCUGCCAAGCCGUGGAUCUCCGUGCCAUGCAGAACGAGCUCCAGGAAGGCAUGAAGACGAUCCUUCGCGAGCAACUCGACGCCUACUUCGGGUCGAGCGUGGCCGGCCCGAGUUUGGACAAGCUCUUCGGCCUCGCAUGGCCUGCUAUUGGGCACGCACUGGACGCUACGAGUACCAUGGAUGCGAAGCCGCGCAUGCACAAGGUCGCGUCCGCCUGUAUGUCCACAAUCGUCGACUUCUGCAUCGCGCACGAUGCGGCGGGCGCGCUCGGCUGCCUCAGCGAGUUCCGCGACCAGAUCGCGGAGCAGAGCACGGACCUACUUGUGCGUCUUCGCGAGGCAUACCUCCGCGGCGAGCGCGGCGCCACCCCCUCGAGUGCGUUCUUGGGUAAGACGCGGGUGGUGUACGAGUUUGUGAGGGUGACGCUCGGCGUGCGCAUGCAUGGUGUGGAAAAUUUGGACGGUUUUGCUGCGGGGCCGGGCGUCGUUGACUCGACGGUGGGCAAGAACAUCUCGCUUAUUCAUGAGGCCAUUCGCGAUGGCAAACUGCAGAGCAUCACUGUCAGCCUCUUCGAAUAGAGGGAACAGUGCAGUGGGGAUUGGGCUGGCUUGUAGACGUCAAUAUUUAUGUUUACAAUGAGUUAUAUGUAUCUUAUACAGUGGAGUACGAUAAUAGAAGCAAUUCUCUACGGAACAGCCAGAGUGUUGCGUAGCUGGCCUCUAUAACUGAUCGGGAGUCAUUCAUUCAAAGGUGCAGAAAACGUUCUGGUAUGCACAUAUUCAUGUACUAGGUCACUUUGAAUGGGAACUUCGAGAAAAUGCU